AUGGCUCAGAGCACCUUGUCUUGCUAUAACAAGGACCAGUCGCUGGUCAGCGCCUCAGAAACCAUCAAGGCCCUGAGGUUUCCUGUCCGGAUGACCACCAGCGUGUCGGGAGCUCUGUCCUGCAGCCACAGCACCGCCCUGCAGAUGCUCUGCAGUCGCCGCAUGUACACCUGUGAGAUGGAGACUGAAGCUGGCAAAUGGAGGAAAGUCAGUGUGUGCCGUCCCAAGUACACUGCCAUCUUCGUCUUCCUGGUCGUGUCCGCUGUGUACUUCCUGCAACGAAACAUGAACGUGCUGAAGUUUCAGGAUAAAAUCACCCCCACCACUCCUGCCCCAAAUCGCCAACACAUCAACUGCAGCUACCAGCAGUUGUCGCCUGAGGAACGCCGCCUGCUGGACUCCAUCGCUUGGCCUGAAACCCCUCAUGUGCCUGUGUCCCUGAACACGACCUCUGACCCCGCCCACAGCACCUUCACAAUCCUGCCGGUGAGGGCAGGAGGUCAGUGGCAUGUAGGUGAUGAGCUGGAGGCUCUGAUCCAAAUUCGUGACUUCCAGGGUCGUCCAAAACAAUUUGGGGGAGAUCUUGUGAUUGCUCGCCUGUAUGACCCGGAGCUCCUCGCAGGCGUGGCCGGGCGAGUGGUGGACCACCUGAACGGCUCCUACACUGCUGUGUUUCCAUUACUCUGGGAGGGACGAGCACAAGUUGAGGUGACACUGGUUCACUCCAGUGAGGCCAUCACGGUUCUGCGCAGGCUGACCAUGGAGCACCCAAUCCGCAUUUACUUCAAGAGCCUCUUCCAGUCCGGCUCUGUUUCUGAAACAAUGGUUUGCAACAUCUGCCUGCCUCCAACCCAGCCUCUGUGCAACUACACCGACCUCCACACGGGGGAGCCGUGGUUCUGCUACAAGCCAAAGAAUCUGAGCUGCGAUACCAGGAUCAACCACUAUAAAGGAGGCUUCAAGCAAAUUCCCAAGAUCAAGGGGGAGACGCUCUUUCAAAGUGAGGUGAACUUGAAAAUCCCCAUUCAAGCUUCAGGGCCCCACAACAUCACUGUGCUGCCAAAGGAGAAAGGACAGCCAGAGGUGAAGAGCAGCACCGUGAAGCCUGAACCUGCUGGAUAUUACUACCAGGGUGCAUGGCGAGCACUAGGGGGCGCCACAGUUCAUCAGUUCAACAACGCCUCUGCCAUCAGCCAGUGUCUGACAGGCAAGCUGGUGCACAUGUACGGUGACUCCACCAUGAGACAGUGGUUUGACUACCUCAACAGAGUUCUGCCAGACCUCAAGAAGUUUAAGCUGUACAACAGGAAAUCGAUAAGCGGACCCUACAUGGCAGUGGAUGUGGCACGAAACAUCUUGGUGAAGUAUCGCUGCCAUGGCCCUCCAAUCUUUUGGACGACCAUCCCAACCAGUGAGCUGCACUACAUCGCCAACGAGCUGGACAGUAUCGCUGGAGGCUCUAACACUGUCGUGGUUGUCAGCGUCUGGGCUCACUUGAGCACUUUUCCCGUCGAGGUGUACCUGCGGCGAAUGUACAGCAUCCGCAAGGCGGUGCUGCGGCUGCUGGACAGAGCUCCCGACACGCUGGUGGUCAUCCGGACUGCAAACCUCAAGGCUAUGAUGCCUGGUGCAGUGCUGAUCAACAGUGACUGGUACUCACUACAGCGGGACAGGGCGCUCCGGGCCUUGUUCAAAGGGCUAAACGUUCACCUGGUGGAUGCCUGGGAGAUGUCGCUGUCCCACCACCUGCCCCAUAGUCUUCACCCACAGACCCCCCUUAUCAAGGACAUGAUAGACAUCCUCUUGUCCCACAUGUGCCCUCAAGAAAAAGCCUAGGUGUCUUUAAGGGGCCAGGAAGAGGGGAGUAAAAGCGCACAUCCUGAGUGGAAACCAUAAACGUAGCGUGUA